AUGGUGAAGGUGGAAAACGAUAAUGAAGGAUAUGUGUCGUAUUUGGUAGAGAACAACUUGAAGGGCAAGCGUUCUGGUUUGUUAGACAGUGACUUUCAGCAGGAGGAUUGGGUUCAGACUCCAUCCAAGAUUACGGGGGUGGUUCGAUCUCUUGAUGAGGCUUUUACAGGGCAAGGUUUGAUAGGGGUGGAUAGUGUGUUGGACUGCUUUUCGGCGUAA